AUGAGCAUCCCUGGCACGACCGUCGUCCUCGGCUACUGCGACUUGGCCGCGGCCGGCGCGCGCCUCCUCCAUCACAUCUACGUACAAGACGCCGCACUGAUCGAGAGCUCGCUGACCGUCUUGGGCCUCACCGUGGCCAUUCGCACGUAUGUCCAGACCAGCGUGAGCUUCGUCGUCGUCCGCGAUCCCGUGCCCGACGCGCUCUGCACAGCCUUUGCCGCCGAGCUCACGGACCUCCUCGUCGGCAAGCGCGUCGUGCUCCUCACGGCGCCCAACGUACCGCUUCCGAGCGCGGACGAGCGCUUCGUCUUUUGGACGCAGUACCACGCGACCGCGCCGCUGAGCGAGCUCUCGUCG